GAAGUGGGGGCGCUGCUGCUGGUGUUGGGGCCCGAGGAGGGACGCGCCGGAGCGGGGCCGCCGGAACUGAGCGAGCGACAGACGCGCCACCCGCCGACGCCGCAGCCGCUUGGGGACCGCACGGACCCUCUGCCUGAGUAUAGAAUGAGCCAAGGAGACUCAAACCCAGCAGCUAUCCCACAUGCGGCAGAAGAUAUUCAAGGAGAUGACAGGUGGAUGUCUCAGCACAACAGAUUUGUCCUGGACUGUAAAGACAAAGAGCCUGAUGUGCUGUUUGUCGGGGAUUCCAUGGUGCAGUUAAUGCAGCAGUACGAGAUAUGGCGAGAGCUUUUUUCCCCACUUCAUGCACUGAAUUUUGGAAUUGGGGGAGAUACAACAAGACAUGUUUUGUGGAGACUAAAGAAUGGAGAACUGGAGAAUAUUAAACCUAAGGUCAUUGUGGUCUGGGUAGGAACAAACAACCAUGAAAAUACGGCAGAAGAAGUAGCAGGUGGAAUCGAGGCCAUCGUCCAACUUAUUAAUACAAGGCAGCCGCAGGCCAAAAUCAUUGUAUUGGGUUUGUUACCUCGAGGUGAGAAGCCCAACCCGUUGAGGCAAAAGAAUGCCAAGGUGAACCAGCUCCUCAAGGUUUCCCUGCCGAAGCUCGCCAACGUCCAGCUCCUGGACACAGACGGGGGCUUCGUGCACUCGGACGGUGCCAUCUCCUGCCACGACAUGUUUGAUUUUCUGCACCUCACAGGAGGGGGCUACGCCAAGAUCUGCAAACCCCUGCAUGAACUGAUCAUGCAGUUAUUGGAGGAGACCCCGGAAGAGAAACAAACCACCAUCGCCUGACUGGCUCCCAUCAGUGUUACUCGCACCCCAGCUUCCUCAGAUCAGUUAUAUCACUGGCACUACAGAAUCCUUCUCUUUCCUAAGGCACUUUGCAUUGUAGAAUGUUCCUGGAUGUUCAUAUCUAGUGUUUGAAGGGGAGGAGGGAUUUAAAUUGGUCCUGUACAUAGAAGGUUGGUUUGACACAGGAGACAAAUUAGCCAAGGAAGAUUGUUGUUUAAAUUCAUUUGAAACCAGAAGGGGACUUUUUUAGUUGUAUGUGUGACAUACUCAUUGAAUUAUCACAGUUUUUCCUAGGACAACAUCGAGCCUAAGGACUGAACAAAAUGAAGAUUUUUUUUUCUUGGCUUUUCUUUCUAUGGAUUAUGUCAUAUAGAGUAACGAUCAGGAUCACACCAACUUGGCUUUAAAACAGAUGUCUUUUCCAGUUUUUAAAGUUAAUAAUUUAGCCCUGUGUUUUUAGUUUGCUUUAGUCCUAUGUAUUCACAACAUUUUCUUAACAUACAGCAUCAGAUCGAACAUGCUUGUGAUUCAGAUAUGGGAUAUGCUAUGGUUACAAGUGAAUUUGUUCCACUCUCUUAAUCUUUCCCAUGUUUAGCAGUGGAAGAUAGGUUUUGCCCCAUUUGGGGGACUCUAUGGAGGGUAUUAUUUUUAUGCUGCUGAAUAUCAUGUCUAUAAUAGACCCAUGCAUGCAGCCUUUCCUCCCUAUUUCCCCUCAUCCCCUCUUUGUUUUUUUUGGGGGGGGGGUCCUUGUUGACAUUACAGGCUUUUAACACAUUUUUGACCUAGGAGCUCUGUUGCUGGAAAUGUAAGUCCCCAGCCAGUUACUCUCAUGAUGAUAGUACUGAUGUGCAACUCAUUCUUGUGUGGUGCUCUGUGCGUAGUCUGUGUAGUGCUGUCCACAUUUGGAGUUCUGGUUUGGUUUGGUUUGUUUUUCCCUCAAGAUGUGCUACACUUUUUUUGGAGAGAGAAAAAAAAAAAAAAGGCAACCAGAACUCUGUUUCCCAUUCCAUAAGCCCUGACAUUAUUUCGAGUUUUAUAGUAUCUUAGGAUGUAUAUUUUAUUUUUUUAUUGGCUUAGUUUUUUAAAUUAUAUCAGUCCAGAAAAAUUUGGCCUUUUUUCAUGGGGAAGCAAAUGGAGCCGCUCUUCAGAGUAGGCCUUCUGCCUUGAUCCCACCAUUUUAGUGAAAAAGAACUAGGUUUGUUUGACUUUCAGGGUUUGAGAAUUUCUUUUGAGAGAGCUCUUUAUGAUCUUAAUGGUUUGCUUGAGCUUUAAGAACUGCCAUUUCAAAAACAGUGGGACAGUACAUGGUUAAUUGUUCAGUAUACCUAUGGGAUAUGUACAAACUGGACCUACAAACAAAUAUUUUAAACUGGACCAGGUGGGUAUUGGAGUAGCCUAUCAGAAUGUGCUCUGCACUGAUUGUGUUUAACAUUCAAGUUCAGCGACUAAGGCAUAUGUCCGAUGUUCUGCUUGCAAGGCAAGUGCUGGUGCUUUGGCGAGCUGGAGGGGUUGCUGAUUUGUGCUAGGAGCCACUUCUCAUGGAGAGGAAUAGAACUUGGGCUGAUGUUUUUCUUGUGAAACGUCUUUCUAGGAAUUUUUUUGGUUUUACUUUUAGUCUUUUUUUUUUUUUUUUUUUAAAUACGUGUCUGAAUGUAUCAUGUCUUCACUAACGACAGAAAGUACAUGUGAUGUUUACUAGACUCGUUUCCCACAUUAAGGUUCCCUCUGUCUUUAGGAGCCCAGAUUCUUGAGUUUAUCAAGACAGGUUUUUUCUUAGCUGAGGCAUAGUUCUAAGGAGGGCAGAGAAGUUUGUGUGCGAAAAGACCCAUCUUAUCCGGGGUUUUUUCCAUUUGUCAGAGGGCGGGAGUAUCGCCCAGACAAACCCAUUAGGUUAUUCCUGCGGCAUGCGCUUCUGGCUUCCCUCUUGGCUAAGGAUCAAAUAGCCCUUGGUGAGCUGACCUUCGGCUCCUUUGCUUAUGUGUGUAAACCUUGGGUGUUACUACGUUUUAUACCUACCAGAGCGAUUCGAGCAAUAGUAUUUGAACCACUAGCCUCUUAAAUAAAAUCUGCCCCAUUGCUAACGUGCAGAUACCGAGUCCACUUUGAUUUCUUGCCCACUUUCUUUGCACUGCUUUAGGCAAAAAGUGUUCAUCUGUUUUUCUUUGAUAGACAUCCCUGUUUGCUACAGUGACAGAACUUACUGCUUACUCUUUGGAUGUCUCUCUUUAUACUUUCAUGUAUAUUUGAAUGUUAUGCACUGUCCAAAUGAAAUGUCCUAGUUGUCAUUGUGAUUAAGGGGCCAACUUUCCAGACAGCUAGCAGAGGUGUUCUGAUCCUCCCUCCCAGCAAAUUUUCAUUCCUUCGCCCAUCCAUUCCCGAUACGUUGCCAGCAGCCAGUGAUGGCUGUGGAUUUCUGUAGACGCAUCGUAAAAGUGGCAGGUUGAGGAUGUCCUGCCAGGGAUGACCUAAGGCAUGGUGUUUUGCUGCCUCCGUAUCCUAGGCUGCCACAGGCAGUGGUCUGGCGCCCACUUUAGGGUCUUUUUGGACUGUUGGAGGCAACUUUCUAAACCAGAACUUCUGUGAAAAACCUUUACCCAACAAAACAAAUCUUGAGUAGCUCAUGCCCUGCUCUUAAGAAUUCUGUCUCUCGUUAACAAACAAAAACACUUUUUAAAAAACCUAGUCACUGUUUACAGUUGUAUGCUAAAGCCUGAAAUAUUGUCUGUGCUGUGGUGUAUGAGCAUUGCCAAUUUUAUAUUUAUUGCAGUGAAGAAGAAACUAAAAAUAUAUGAAAAUGAGGAGCAUGUCCACGCUCCUAAAUCUGUGUGGGUGCAUGUGGGAGAAGUGAGUUGGGGUCUCUUGAAAGGAGGCUUUUUGGAGUGGGGUCUCCCAGGCUUCUCCUUGGUGUUCCUGCUUGGGGAUCACUGCUGCUAGCUGACUGGACCUCCCCAACAGAAGUUUGUGAUUCUGCUUUGGCGAAGUUUCAUUGACUAGUAGAACUCAUUCUGUUUUAGUGCAUAUUUCGAUAUAAAUGUAAACAUUUCACUCAAACUUGCUUAUGUCUUUCUGUCUCCUUUAUCAGAGUCUGGAUUCCAGUGGGGGAAAAAGGGGAUGCUUCCCCCUCCCACCCCCCACCCCCCCCAAACCUUAUCACAAGCACAUUGGAUACUUAGAACAUUCUGCCGCUUUUCCAGGGAACUGAAUGUACUGGGCUGACUGUCCUCACAUCUCAGGGUUGAAGGAGGGAAGGUUGGGAUGAGCAGAUACAGGGAACCCUAACUAGACACCUGGGGAAGUUGUCAGAGGAAGUAUUUCAGAUUGCUUAUGCGUAUCUGUCAGUUAAAAAGAACUGAUUCUUAAACUGUUAAACUAACCUCUUGGUCUUUUUUCCUAAUUUCAAUCUUCAGAAUUUAUUCACAUUAAAUUUGUAAUUUCCACUGUUUCUCACUCUAUUCCUCACACUAAUAAUCAUCAGUUUCCUUUUUUACACUAGAGUAACUCUUUCUGCUCUUCCCCUCCCCGCCCCCAGCAUGCACUCAAGUACUUCAAAUUAAUUGGACUAUUUUGAGUUCUUGUGCCAUCUAGGGAGAAAGUCCCACUAAUAUUAUGUAGGUGUAUCCAUCCCCUUUCUGCUGUUGGCUGAGAGGCCCAGGGAGAGAUGGAUGGUAUCCAUCUAAGAAGUCCUAUAAUUUUGGUGCCUGAGCUGGGAUUUGAACCUAGCUUUAAAACCGGAUUUCAGAGUCCUUGCCUUGCCACUACUCAUCCAAUCUGGGCUGUCUUUCUAGUUGUAGAUUCUGAUUCAGUGAGUUCAUGAUAGAUACAUUCCCAGUUUCCCUUCAGUUGAAGGUCCUGGGAAUGACGCGAGCAUCUUCUCACCUGGACCAAGCCAGCAGCUUCCUUCAGAACUUUCUGCAGCUGGUAUACUCUGUUACCUUCUGUCCUCCACACAGCCACAUGAUUAUUAGAAUUUAUUUAAAGUUCGUUACCUAGCCAUCUUGCUUUCUACCUGAAACCAGCAGUAGAGUGAAAUUGUGUUUAUGGAGCAAGAAUUUGUGGUGGUACACAUGAAGGGGUUCAAAGACUGCUUCGCUGUUAACAUGUCCAUUAAGUUCAGACUGUCAGGAAGACACUUGGGUAAAUGAAGUUUAAGAUCUAAAGGAAACAGGAAACUAAGUAUAGUCAAAUGGUGAAAAGAUAAUUAAAAUAGAAAGUUAACAGCUUCCAUGUGCUGAGGAGUAGGGGGUGGGGACCACAAGGGUAGAUGAAAACAUUGAGGGUUCAUUCAUACAGAGACGUUAAGAAAGCACAGCUGCCUCCUCGCAGUCGCCCUUUACCCGUGAGUCCGGACUGUUUGCGCAGGCAGGUUAGGCUGGUUGUGUGCUGUAGACCACCUCAUCUGAGCUGGAUGAACGGCAUCAGUGGCCUCAGGCCCAUAACGUGACCACAGAGUUCAGGACAGGAACCUUGAGCAUGGACUCAGCUCUCACGUUGCAUCUUUGCCUCCCAGUCUAAAACAGCCUGACCCAAGUAUGACCUCUUUACAGUAAUGAUCGUAGAACAAGAGUCAGUUACUCAACUGGGCCAUCAGGACCCAACCUGAUGACUAGCGACCAACCACGCCAGCAGUAAUUACAGCAGAUGGCUAUGCCACUAAAAUGUUUCUUAGCAGCUGCAAGCUUCUGUGGUUUUUUUUGUAUCAUCCACUUCAUCACUCUUCACCACAGUGAUGCUACUGAGUUAAACUGGUUCAGUCCUGGAAGAGAAGAGAAUAUGGAGAUCCCAAGAUACUUGUGUUUUUCUAGUCGUCUUCCUCCCCUGUCUAAUCACACCAGGUUCUUCUCUACCCUGUCCUCCCCUGGAGGCUUUGCCUUUGUCAGGAGCUCACUGGUUCCCUUGAAGUCACAGGCAGUAGUGAAAGCAGCCCAGGCCCUUUGUCAAGCGCAUCCAAACUACUAGUCAGGUGAACAUCACUGGCCGGGGACAAGUGGGUAGGAGGGAAGGCUCCCUUGCCAGCACCCACUUGGGGAAAAACUGGACAAAACCAGCAGGAGAGUCCCAUCUACUUUUCUCCUGUCAUUGCAGGGGUGAAAUCUUCACUCAGCAACAUAUUUUUACAUAGCCACGAAGCAAAGUUCUUCGAUGUUUGAUUAACACAUUGUCUAUCUUCUACUCUGGCCUGAUUUUAUACUAUUGCUUUUAUGUUCUCAAAAGACGUUUUGCAAACUGCUCAAGCUUUGACCUUCGUGACACGUCAGUGUACCGUGGUAAGCUCAUCAAUAACUAGCAGUCGAAGCCAUUAGAUAGAACAUCCGAUGCCCUCCAUGACUUGACCCUCUUCAAUGCGUAUCCUCCCACCCCUUUGGACCUUUGUGCCAAUAGCACUGAACUUUGAGUCUAUGACUUUGCUCUAAGUCAAGACCCCUUGUCUGGAAAAUGCUCCUAUUCCUUUGCUAGACCAUCUUCUAUUCAUCUUUUCAGAUCCCCCUGAGGGACACCUCCUGGGGUAUUUUCUGAUUUCUCCUGAUUUCCCUCAUUUCCAGCUCUGGUUUGUACUAGAUCUCUCAUCUCUGAGUUCCCAUAAUACCUUGUGUAACUCUUUUAUCAUUGCACUUACUCUGUAUUAUAUGCUUACCCAUUUGUCCACACUGUUAGAUUAUGAAUUCUUAAGAACAGAGAAUGUGUUGUAAGUAUCUGUGUUCCCAGCACCCAGCUUAGUGACUAGUACACACUAGGCAUUGAAUAAACGAAAGAAUGAAUGA